UCCUUCCUCUUCUCCCGCGCUUGCCGACGUCACUUCCACCGCAAAAAAAACAUGGCGGCUGCCAGUCCCUCAGAUUCGGCGCUUUCACUGCCCAGAAAUGUAGUCAUCAAGACCGAGCCAGAAUCUGAGGACGAUCUACUCAUCAGCCCGGCGGAUGUGCCGGUUAUGCGGGACCCCGUCGUCCCGCUCCUGGCCCCGGUCAGCGGGCUGCAGCCGCUUGCCUGGUCGCAGGAUCACCGCCUGGCUGUGUGCACCAGCAGCUCCAUGUCGCUGCUGGAGCUGGUGUGCGAUGUCCACAGCAACAAACAGGACCUGACGCUGCACCGGACCUCAAUCCCCGUCCCGACGGAAGCGUUAAAACUGCGGGUGGGACCGGCAGCAGAGCUAGCAAAAGCAAGGGAGAAGUUCUCAACACAUCCGGACCCCACAAUAAGGCAAGUUUUUCUUGCCGACAAAGAUAUGAACCCGUCGAUAGGACUACACAAAGGAAUACAAUAUGCCAGUUGGUCUCCGUUAGGUUGUGACUCAAGCGGGCGCUGUCUGCUCGCUUGCCUAACACUUGACCACAGACUCACAAUUCAUAACAGCCUCAAGCGUCUCGAGUGGAACACGCUAGUCGAUCUCACCAAGAAGUACAGCGAGAGGCUAAAGGAGCGAGGCUACUCCAAGAAAGACAACAAGCCUCCGGAGGCAAACCUGCAGGACUUCGACGAGCUGCAGCGGCGCUUCCGAAUGCAGACUCCUCUGAGAAUGGAGUGGUCGAGCGUUUACACCACCAAACAGGUUCAGCCGGACAACACGUGCAAAGAAAUGGAGAUGGUGCUCCUCGCAGUAUUGAUGGAGAACGGUGACCUUGUUUUGUGGAAGUUUGUGUUGCCCUUUUUAAGUGUGUCAGAUGUUGCAUUUUAUGACAUCGUGGAGUCCGGUGUGACCCGCCCCAGUGACUUGGCGUGGUGGGAGUAUGAAAGCACAGAUCGGCGGAUGAGCGGCCUGAUCGUCGGCAGCGAGGUGGGACCCGUCAAGAUCAUGCCGGUCAGCCUGUCGGGAGUGAAGGGCUACUUCACUCUCCGACACCCCGUCAUCCUCUGGAAGGAGUGCGACGAGAUCGCCGUGGAAAACCUCAAAUGUGUUCCGAUGAUCCACCCGAUCCAAAAAUCCAGCUGCAGUCUCAUCGUGGCCUCUCGAGGCUGCUACGUCUUUUGGUGUUUGCUAAUGAUCUCGCCGGCCGGACUUAACGUACACAACUCCCACGUGGCCGGGCUGCACUCGCUCCCUGUGGUCUCGCUGGCGAUCAGUCAACAUGGCGUUGCAGUGUACACGUGUUCUGUAGACGGGUGGAUAAAAAAGCUGACGCCAACGUUCACAGAGAACACUUUGAUUUUCAAUCAAGAGGACAUGUUGCGACCUGAAACCCUAACGGGGAGGAGGAUACACGGGAUCGCGGUGAGCCACAACGGAGCGUACAUUGCGCUCGCGAGCACACAAGGUAUGGUUGGCGGCCAUCAUCCAGUCAACAGGACCUACCAGGUUCACUUCGUGACCUUGAAAACGUCGGAAACGGCCGCUGCGCUGCUGCUCAAGUCCCCCACACAGAACUUGUACAAAACGGCGGACCUGCUCGAUCUCGUGAGGUGGUCAAUUUUGAAAAACAAGUGCAUCCCUGCGUCGCUGCUGGAAGAACUGGAUCAAAAGAUCCAGGAGGUAGACUCGCCCUACUUGUGGCGUUUGAAGCUCUUUCUGGUGCGAAUACUUCACCAGUCACUACAGACGCCUCCCACAGAUCACCGCUGGAAACCCACGCACACGGAGAACAAGGUGUUUGUGAGGGACGAGGAAGAGGAGGACGGAAAGGACAGAGAAGAGGGCACGCAAGAGGAAGGCGAGCCUGGCGGAGUAAAGAAGAAGGAGAAUCAGGAAGAGCAGAUGGAGGAGGUGCAGGCUUGGAUCAAUGCUGUAGAGACCCACAUAAUGAGAGAAAACAUGAAGAAGGUGCUGGGGGUGGUGUACCUUAACACAUGGAUUGCCCAGAACACCAGCAUACCCUCCUGUGGCCUGGUGGAGUACCUCGCCAGAGACUCUAACGACAGAGCUUCAGAGGUCCUGAUUGGCCACAUCAAGAAAAAGAUGAACAAGCAGUCGUUCUCGGAGCGCUGCAGCCUGUGCCAGGCGGUGCUGCCCUUCUCGGACCACCGACAAGCAAUCUGUGAAAACGGCCACAUGUGGCUCAGGUGUGUGUUGUCAUACCAGGCCUGCCAGACGCUGACGUUCAAACGUUGCCUCCUGCUGGAUUCCAUCGCCAGACUGCCAGAGCCUGAGGAUCCAGAGUGGAUAAGGAAGAUACUGCAGGCGCCCUGCACGCUCUGCGACUCGCCCAUGAUCUAGAGCUGCUCGUUGGGAGGAAUCUCAGGGCUUUCCCUGCGUCCUUCAGAGCUCCCCACUCUGACGCAGGGACCACUUUUGUCAGACAUCACUGCUACGAUUUUUUUAUUUCAUGUACUUUGUUCAUGUAUUUUAUUACUUUAUAUUAUCUUAAAAGUUGAAAUAAAAAGGUUUUGAUUAUAUGUUCUAACUCUUAUUGAGUGAAAACUACAGAAAAUCUGCUUCUGCCAUGUCUUUAAAUUUAUAUUUUACUGAGGUAAAACCUUUUGGACUCAAA